UUGGUGGAGCUCUCCCCGCGGGUGCAGGGUGAUUGGCCGGCGGGGCGGGGGCCGCGCGCUGAUUGGCUGUCGCGCGGUGGGGGCUCUGCCGGGCCGUGGCCCCCGCGCGGAGCGAUCGCGGGAGGAGGAGAAGGGGGGGGGCAAAAAGAGAGACCCCCCGGGACACCCCCGGAACCCCCCGAAAUUCCACCUGGUGCUGGACAGAACCUCCCCCAGGAAGGAGCUGCUCUGCCUGUCCCCACAUUCCCAACAGCUCCCCAGUCCCCCAAAAACGCUCAGAAUUCCCAUUAUUUCUCCCGUUUUUGUGGCCGAAUUUGGAGCCGGAAAUGUCUAAAAAGCAGAACACAAAAGAUCCCUCGGGAUUUAUCUUUGAUGUUCAGUCCAACACUGUGAUGGCCCAGGGAGGGACCUUUGAGAACAUGAAGGAAAAGAUCGGAGCUGUCCGAGCGAUCGUUCCCAACAGGAGCAACAACGAGAUCGUCCUGGUCCUGCAGCACUUUGACAACUGUGUGGAUAAAACAGUCCAGGCCUUCAUGGAAGGGAAUGCCAGUGAGGUGCUGAAGGAAUGGACUGUGACAGGCAAAAAAAAGAACAAAAAGAAGAAACCCAAACCCAAACUUCCCAGUGGCUCCAGCUCUGCCCUCCCAGCCCCUGGAAAACCAGUUCCUCCUGGAGAGGAGACCCCGGGAAACUGGGAGAAGGGGGGGAUGAACGGAUUCCACGUGAACGGCUGCGCCCAGGACACGGAAUCUGUGGAUUCCCUGAGCGAGGGCCUGGAUGGGAUGUCGAUGGAUGGCAGGGAAGUGGAUGCAGAGCCCGGCCUGAGGAAUGGACUGUCCGGCCCUGACCCCCCAAGGCUCCCCAUCCCUCCCCCCAGGGCUCUGCCCACCCCCCACUCCGACCCCCGGGAAGAGGCUCCGGUGUCACCCCCCGGCAGGAAAAUGGGGUCAAACAUCGAGAAGUCGGUGAAGGACCUGCAGCGCUGCUCCGUGUCCCUGGCGCGGUACCGGGCCCUGCUCAAGGAGGAGAUGGACACCUCCAUCAGGAAGAUGAAGCAGGUCUUUGCCGAGCUCCAGAGCAGCCUCAUGGACCGGGAAGUGGCUUUGCUGGCCGAGAUGGACAAAGUGAAGGCAGAAGCAAUGGAGAUCCUGGUGGGGAGGCAGAGGAGGGCGGAGGCCCUGCGGAAACUCACAGACGGGGCCGCGCGGAUGUCGGAGGAGCAGCUGCUGGAGCUCAGGGCUGACAUCAAGCACUUUGUGAGCGAGCGCAAGUACGACGAGGAGCUGGGCAGGGCCGGCAGGUUCACCUGCGACCUGGAGGGGCUCAAGAGGAGCAUCACCUGCUUCGGCCAAGUGUCCCACCCCAAGACCAGCUAUUCCAGCCGCUCCCGCUGCAGCUCCGGCCCCCCCGGGGCCCCCCCCGGGCCCCCCCAGUGCCUCCCCCACCCCCAGCACGGCCGGGAAAGCCCCGGGACCCCCCGAGGGGGCUCUGGGGGACACCGGGGGGGGACGGCCCCAGCCCCCCCCGAGAGCCUUCCCAGCGGAUCCGGAGGGCAGAAGCAGGACCUGGAGCCCCGACCCCGCGGCACAACGGCCCCCCUGAGCCCCCCAACAGCGGGACCCGGCCCGGCCCCCGCAACCCUCCGACCCCGGGCCCCCCAACCGCCCCCGGGGGGGGGGCUCCCCCCACGGAGACCCCGCAAGAGCCACCCCAAGGGAGCGAAUUCCUGAGGAAAACUCUGGGAUCCUGACGGGGGUCCCAGCCACGUUUACAAUUCCCGUUCUGUGCCAUUUCCCCUCCUUUUUACCCCUUUCUCCCCCCCCAUCCUGGUCUGUUCCAUGUUGUCCCAUCGGGAUUUGGGGGUUCAGGACCCCCCCAGUGCUGCCAUCGCCCCCUCCCCCCUCCUUCCGCUCCAUCCCAAAAAUCCCUCGCGCUGGAAGCGAGGAGGAGCAGGGGGAGGAGGGGCCUCUGACCCCCCCAGGAUCUGGAAUGUUCUCCUCUGGGAACUGGGGAGUCCCCUCUGUCUCCCCCAAAUCUGGGAUGUCCCCUGAGUCCCUCUGGGAUCUGAGGUGUCCCCUCUGUGUCCCCCCAGGAUCUGGAAUGUUCCCUGUGGGAUCUGGGGUGUCCCCUCUGACCUCUCUGUGUGCGCUGGGACUGGGGGGGGGU